AUCACUUGGGACGUACGAGCUCCCCUCUGCAUGGCUUUCCAGUCCCUGCUCACGGCCGUGUUGAUCUGGACCACACCAAAACAUUCCAUGAUUCGAUGGGCCACGCUUCCCUUUUUGAUGUAUUUGGGCUACAUCUGCACAGCGACUGGACCGAACUUCACCCUACAGACGACACUUUUCAUGUGCUUCACGGUCGGUGGCUAUAUCAACGCCCUUCACUGUAUCAACUUUCUAUGCCUGUCGCCGCUUGACCAUAAACAUCACGAGGAACACUCGUGGGUCUACAAGCUAUAUUUCACCACAGCUGCCCUAUGGAGCCUUCGUGGCGUCGGAACGGCGUGGCAACCCAAAUCAAUCCCGCAAUUUCCCGCUGGUCAGAUCCCCGGGCGCGCCGCAUUCAUUCGGCGCCAGGUCAUACUCAUUUUCUUCACAUACUGCUUGGUUGACUGGAUCACCAGUCAAAAGCAGACUCCCGAGGCCGCUGUCAGUUGGGCCGAAGGCAAAGAGUGGCUAUGGUUGGCUCGCAACCCGCACAAGGUGACAGCCCAAGAUCUUGUCGCGCGUGCACUGGCUACCUUCAUGUCGUGGUUUCUGCUGGGUCGACUGAUGCUGGAAAUGUGGCACCGGAUCUUCUCGGUCAUCUUCGUCGGGUCUGGCAUAUCUGAGGUUCGACAAUGGCCACCUCUAUGGGGUUCUUACAGUGACUGUUUCACGCUGCGACGAUAUUUCAACAAAUUCUGGCACCAGUGCAAUCGCAUCCAUCUGCAAGGCGUGGCAAGCUUUACUGGGCGUGACCUGUUGGGGCUCGGGCCAGGAAUCCUACGAAGAUAUACCAUCACCACUCUCGUGUUUGCGAUCUCCGGCUUGUACCACCGCCUGGUGGACAAUCUCAUGGGCAUUGACUGGCACAAAUCCGGCGGGCUCACGGCUUUCCUUUUGAUCGUGCCUGGGAUCUUGCUGGAAGACUUUGUGCAAACCUGUUGGAAUCGCGCCGCCGCUCCGAAAAGGCUUUCGGCCAAGACGCGCUCCCUUUUGGAGCGAAUCGUGGGCUAUCUUUGGGUCUUUUCGUGGCUCAUGCUGGUCACUCCCAUUUACAACUAUCCCAUCAUGCGGAUU